AUGAAGUGGAAGGGGAUUGUUAUCUCUGCUGUCCUGCAGGCACAGCUCCCAAUUACAGAUGCUGCACCGGUUCCAGGACUGACAGACCCGAGACUGUGCUACAUACUGGAUGGGAUCCUCUUCAUCUAUGCAGUCAUCAUUACGGCCCUCUUUUUGAAAGCUAAGUUCAGCAAAGCCCCUGAAUCCCCAGCACUGCAGGGCCAGAAUGACGUGUAUAAUAAAUUGUCUCGUACAACCAGAGAUGAAUAUGAUGUUCUGGGAACUAAAAAGAGAGGCUCUGACCUUGAAAUGGGAGGGAGAAAUCAGCAGAGAAGAAAGAAGUCGUCUCAGGACACAGUUUACACUUCUUUGCAGAAGGACAAGAUGGGCGAGGCAUACAGUGAAAUUGGGAAGAAGGGAGAGCACCAGAGGCGGCGAGGCAAAGGGAAUGAUGCUGUCUACCAGGGACUCAGCUCCGCAACCAAGGACACAUAUGAUGCCCUCCAGAUGCAGCCGUUGCCCCCUCACUAA